AGUGAGUCAGAAAGGAAGACGUUCCGUCAGCUAUUUUGUCCGGGUAGGUCAUCGAGUCACCGCACUCUUCUGUAACAGUGACUUCGGUUUCACAGCUGACUCUCUUUGUACAAGAAAGCCGUGUUGGUGGCAAGCAAAAACAAGCAAGAAAAGUUCUGGAUGAAACCCCGGGCUAGACAGUUAACGAAGUCGGGAUGCCUGGCUCCGCCUCGAUCAGCUGCAUGGGACCGUGGCCCAAAGAUGUGGGAAUCAUUGCCAUGGAACUGUACUUCCCCGCCCAGUUCGUGGAUCAGUCUGAGCUAGAGCAGUUCGAUGGCGUUCCUGCUGGAAAAUACACCAUCGGUCUCGGACAGGCCCGCAUGGGUUUCUGCUCCGACCGCGAGGACAUCAACUCCCUGUGUCUCACCGUGGUCCAGAGGCUGAUGGAGAAGAACGGUCUGUCCUACGACUGUAUCGGACGCCUGGAGGUCGGCACCGAGAGCAUUAUUGACAAAUCGAAAUCAGUGAAGACUGUUCUGAUGCAGCUGUUUGAGGACUCUGGCAACACUGAUGUCGAGGGUAUUGACACCACAAAUGCUUGCUAUGGUGGAACUGCAGCACUCUUUAAUGCUGUUAACUGGGUUGAGUCCAGCUCAUGGGAUGGGCGUUAUGCCUUGGUGGUAGCGGGGGACAUUGCUGUCUACGCCACAGGAAGUGCUCGGCCGACUGGCGGUGCUGGAGCCGUGGCCAUGUUGAUUGGCCCGAAUGCUCCUUUAGCCUUUGAACGUGGCUUGCGUGGGACCCACAUGCAGCAUGCUUAUGACUUCUACAAGCCUGACCUGGUGUCAGAGUACCCUGUUGUGGAUGGCAAGCUGUCUAUUGAGUGCUACCUGAGUGCCUUGGAUCGCUGCUACUCUGUGUACCGCAACAAGAUCCACGCCCAGUGGCAAAGAGGUGGUUCAGAGAAACGCUUCUGCCUUGAGGAUUUUGGUUUUCUGGUCUUCCACUCGCCAUACUGUAAACUGGUACAGAAGUCGCUGGCCAGGCUAAUGCUAAAUGACUUCCUGAACCAUCCUAACCCUGACACUGAGGCUGGACCUUUCGUUGGCCUUGAUUCCUUCAGAGGUGUGAAACCAGAAGAGACCUACUUUGACCGAGAUGUGGAGAAGGCCUUCAUGAAGGCCAGUACAGACCUUUUUGAGAGGAAAACCAAGCCCUCGCUUCUCAUCUCCAACCAGAACGGCAACAUGUACACCCCCUCAGUCUAUGGUUGCCUCGCAUCUCUUAUAGCACAACACUCAGCAUCACAGAUUGCAGGUCAGAGGGUCGGAGUCUUCUCAUAUGGAUCUGGAUUUGCAGCAACUCUUUAUUCCCUAAGAGUCACACAGGAUCAUACGCCAGGUUCCACCCUGGACAAACUUGUCGCCAGUAUGAGUGACCUGAAGUUGAGACUAGACUCCAGGAAGAAGGUGUCACCUGCAGUUUUCUCUGAGAACAUGCAGCUGAGAGAAGACACGCAUCACCUCGCAAGCUACGUCCCCCGAGGACCAGUGGAGGAUCUGUUUCCUGGAACGUGGUACUUGACCAGAGUUGACGAGAAGCAUCGCAGAGAAUAUGCUCGGAGACCCUUGGACACAGACCUUCCUUCUGAGCCAGAGCUGGUUCGAUCUGUAGAUGGCGUGGAGCAUGUUCCCAGUCCAGUCAAGAAGAUGCCACGCAUUCCUGCCACUGCCUCCGUACCCGCAGCUACCAUCAGCAACUGAAAAGAUCCAUCUUACCUCUGAGAAGCAUCAAGGUCCAGCAGUUUGGAGUAAAACUAGACAGUAGAGGUCAGAGGCCAAUAAAGGGAGAGGUCUCUCAUCCUCCGCCAAGAAUCUUUAUGAUUUACUUUGGAGCACUUGUGAAAGGAAGUGCUCCAAUGCAGGAGAUUGUUUCUGCCGGUACCUUUCUCAUCAUCCAUCUACAGUCCAUUGUAAUUUAAGUUUUUAAUACACCUUUUUACAGUUCAAUGUCUCAGUUUUUGUUUAGGUGACGUUUUAGUAUUGGGGUGGACAGGGCUGUGACAAAGAUGAAAACAAGCCUCAGAAUGCAUUUAUGCAUAAAUGCAUCUGUACUGCUGCUGCUGCCGCCCUGGCAACUGUUGAAACGGACUCUAAUUCUGUUUGUUUAUGGUUAGAAUUUUUCAGUUUUUCUAAAGCGACAUGGGACCAAACACCGUAUGACCCAUGAAGUUUGUGUCCCCCACACUGCAGCCAUCUCAGGAGUCAGUCCCUUCGCAUCAUCAUCUAUAGCUGCUGCCUUUGUUCAUUAGCUGUUAGCUGUCCAGAGCACACAGUACUGUGUAAAUUCACCUCGAACAGCGAUCAUUUAAUUUAACUUUAAAAAUGCAACCAAACUGGCCUCCAGAAAUGAGUCUGGAAUGUUUUUGACUAAGCUCAGAGUUUUUGUUUUUAAUUUUAGACAUUUCAUCCCUGACUGAACUGUAGUUCCUUCAUGAUGUUAUGACCCAAAGAAUUCAGUUUUUUAUAUAUAUAUAAAAUCAUUCUGCCGCUCAAGCCAUACGUCAUUUAUGUUGUCACAUAUUUUGUUCAAGGCGGACUGGACUGUGAAAAUGUGACGAAAGUGUCACGUGUUAUACACUUUCUUUCAUGCUGAGCCUUAAUGGUGAAGGGCUUUUGUUACAAUUUGAUGCAGGACAACAAACUUGAAUUGCUCCUUGUCUUAUCAUGACUAUGGAUUUUCUGUGUUUAACUGGAACUCUUGGUCAGAUCAAUAUCAAGAUGGUCAUUACACAAAGGCAACCUCAUUUUUUUCGGCCCACAUGCUUGGUAAUGUUUUCAAAUGCCUAUGGUUAAUGUGUGAUUGACGUAGAAUCUUUGUAAAUUCUCUUUACAUGUGUAUCUAGGCUUGAUUGGUGUAAAUUCAUCACCAAUGCUGAAUUUGACUGUUUUCAAAGAAACAAAAGCAUUUUUCAAGUAUUUCCAGAAAGGAAGAAGUUGAAGCUGGUCACGUAUCUGUUUUCAGUGUCAUGAGGAAAGCAAAAAGAGAACUGAGCUGAAGAGAACAAUGGUUUGAACACCAUUGACGUCGUGUGAAGCCUUACAGUACGUCUGUAUAAGACAGCCGAUGAUCCACUUCUAAUUAUGUACAGAUAUUUUUUUAAUUGCACAGCGAGUUAGUACCUCUCAAGCCAGACUGCUCACCCCUGGCAUCUCAGUGAUGCUUGGGUGACAGGUUGGACUCAAACGUUGAGGUUACGAAAUCUUUACCAAUUUUAAUGGUAUUGUAUAAACUGUAAUAUUUAUGCUUUGUAGAUACCAACACAUGUCAACAGAACGUUUUAUUUGCUUUAUGAAGACUUCUAGAUACGAAGA